GGAAAUAUUAAAUCCUGGGAUAUAAACACGGCGGCGGGAGCAGCCCCGCCCCAGCGCGGCCCCCCUGAAAAGCGCGGUCCCCGCGGGGUGGGGCGGCCAGAGUGGCGGCGAGGAUGGAGAAGAGCAGCUUUGCCAUGGCCAAGUUCGGGCUGGAGCACAAGGAGGCGAUGCCGAAGCGCGACUGCGGUUUUUACCUCAAAUACAUUUUUCUUUUCACUUCGCUGAUCCAAUUCCUGAUCAUCCUGGGGCUCGUGCUCUUCAUGGUGUACGGGAACGCCCAGGCGGGCACCGACACCCACCUGAGGCUGCUGGAGGAGCAGGUGCAGAGCCACUACCGCAGGAUUGUCGCCCUGGGUGCCACCAACGCCAACCUGAGCCGCACGCUCAACGCCACCCUGAAGGACAGGGACAAGGUGCAGGGGAUGGCGCUGAAGGCGCAGAGGGAGCUGGAGAAGUGUAACAGCAGCCAGGCCUCCAGCAGCAUCCCGCAGGUGAGCCCGGGCUCCUGGGAAUCCCGCGGGAGGGUGGCACUGCCUGCGGCUGACGCUGCUGUCGCCUCCUCGUCCCUGUGGGUGGUGGCAGCGAGGGGACCCCAGAAAGUGCCAGGGGGUUUUGGUCAAGGGGGUCCCAAUCUUCUCUUCCUUCUCCUCCUCUUCCUCCCUGGAGCUCUCUCAGAGCCCCUGAAGUGGUGCCCAGGGAUCCUUUUGGGAUGGUCUGACCCCUCUCCUCCUCCUCCUCUUCCUCUCGUUGCCCUGGAGCUCUCCCAGAGACCCCGAAAUGGUGCCUGGGAAUCCUUUUGGGAUGUUCUCACCCUCCUCCUCUUCUCCUCCUCCUCUUCCUCCUGUUGCCCUGGAGCUCUCCCAGAGCCCACGAGGAGAUGCCGGGGGGUCCUUUUGGGAUUCUCUGACCCCUCUCCUCCUCCUCUUCCUCUUCCUCCCGUGCAGCUGCGGGAGCUCGUGUUCCAGCAGCUGAGGCUGAAAGAGUGCCAGGUGAUCACCACCCUCAUCAAUAACACCUGCACUGCCCCAGGCAGAGGCGUCACCCCAAGCCAUUGGGUGGCACCUGGGGGGACCCAAACCCCUGGAUUCCAAAUCCCCCAGAGCCAAACCCUGUCCCCCAAUACCCCCCAAGCUGAGAAGCUGCAGCUGCAGCGGCAGCUGGACCAGGCCAGCUUGUCCAAGAGAACCCUGGAGGGCAGCAGGCAGCAGAGCCAGGCCGAGUUGACCAAAGUGACCCAGGAGAAGGACAAGUGCCAGCAGGACCUGCAGAGUGCCAGGACCGAGGGCGACAUGAGCAGGAUGGAGCUGGACAUGCACAAACAUCGCUGCAGCUCCCUGCAGAGCGAUGUGAGUGAGAAGAUCCUGAGGGUUUUGGAUCUGGCCAAGCAAUACCAGUGCAAAGAGGCCGAGAAGGAGCUGGGGCAGAUCCGGGAGCGCGUGGAGGAGCUGCUGCGGCGGCAGAAGGAGCGCGACUCGCUCUUCGUGUGGAGGAGCAGCUGUGAGCUGAGCGUGCAGCAGUGCCGCCACAACUGCUCCCGCGACACGCAGGAGCUGCAGCAGAGGAUCCAGGGGCUGGAGAAGCUCCAGAAGGACGGUGAGGAGGAGAGGAAGAGGCUGCAGGCGGACAAGGAGAAGGUGGGGAAGGAGCUGGAGGAGAAGAGGAAGGCGGCGGCGGCGAUGGAGGAGUCGCUGCGGCAGCAGCUCGGGGUCUGCAUGGGAACCAAGAUGUCCCACCUGGACCUGCCGGGCUCGCGGGGGCCAGGCAGCGCUGCCCGCUCGAGCUCCUUCCCUGGCACGGGCGCCUACAUGGAGCUCCUGAAGAACCCGGCCAUCCUGGGCACCAUGGGAAUGCAGAACCCGGUGGAGCUCCAGCAGAUGCUGCAGUUGAUGGAGCAAUACACGGCCACCCUGAAGAACGCCAGCGGAUAAUGCUGGAAAAUCCCACGGAAAACCAGGAGAGCCGCCCAGGAGGUGCUUCCCGCAGCACGGAUGGCAACUCCUGCCCCAGGGCCACCCUCCCUUUGUCCCUUUGUCCCCGUGUCCCCAAGCCCACCCUGCGUGUCCCCUCAGAUGUAUCCCUGCCUUUCGGCUGGAGCGGGACAACAGCCGGCCCCGAAUCUGGGGACAACUUGCUCCUUUGUGUGGAUUGAAAUCCAUGGA